CAUACCACAGCAUCAGAAUUACCCAAUCACUUAAAGCCUGAGCGCCAAAACAAAUUUCAUAGUAAACAUUACUCCUUUAGUCUUCUUCUCCCUCCCUCCGUGAAAAAGCUUGAGCGCCAAAACAGAUUGCAGCUGCUGGAGUAUUGGAACUACAGUGCGAAAAUGAAAAAAUCACUCCGGAAAACACCAUCCUACACCAGAAAAUAAAAACCCAACCGUGAAAAACAUAACCUCUUCACCGAAAAACCAAAACCCACCGCUCCCCAAACCCGCGAAAACCAUCGUCCGUAUCAGCUCCAUCUAUUGUGGAAAAAAAAAAAGUUCUCUUCCAAAUCUCAGAGUUGAUCACCAUCUGCCAUCCAAGGAGAUUUCCAAAAUGAGAUAGUUGGAAGUAUUUGUUGCAGUUUGUCUUCAUGCAGGGAACAUAACAACUUUUCAGAGUAUGAAGUACGUGAAGAUAUAUCACGUGGAGAAGGUCAGCGGAGCGUAAUUUUUCAUGUGUAUUUUAAUGAGGAUAACAGUGAAGUUAAAUGCAAAUGCAGGCUAUUUGAGUUCAAGGGGAUAGUAUGCAGGCAUCAAAUAUUGGUGUUUAUUCAUAGGAAGAUUUAUCGAAUACCAGACAAGUACAUCUUAGACAGAUGGAAUAAAGAUGUCAAAAGGAGGCACACUAAAGUUCGAAUAAGUUAUGACAAUUGGUCUUUGAAACCUGAAGCAUGUCGCUAUGAAAAGAUGUGUAAUGCCUUUUACUAGGUUGCUAAUUUGGCAGCAGAUUCUGAAAAUGCAUAUAAGAAUGUGAUGACACAAAUAUGUGAAAUGAAAGGGGAGCUCAAGGAAGGGGGGAAUGCUUGUGGUAGCAAUAAGCCUAUUUCUAUAGAUAUUCAGAAUGAUUCCACCUCAUGUGACAAUGGUCAUGUAACAUCAAAAGAAGCUAGAAAAAUUCUUGAUCCAGUGGUUGUUUCUCAAAAGGGGCGACCAUCUUUUAAAAGGAAGAUGUCAAAGGUUGAACAAGCUGUGAAGAAAAAAAAGGAAAAGGAAAAGAAAAAGAAAAUGAAGACUAUAACUAACGAAAGGAAUGUAGUUAACCAAGUUGAGAAUUCAAUUCUUGAGGAAAUUUGUGAGAAGGAUUCUGCCAAGGUUGGAAAUGUGCAUAAUACAAAUUCUACCAUAGGAUUUGGUAUGCUUGAAAUGCAUGAGAGUUUGAACUUUAAUGAUUUUGAAAUGCAACAGUCACAAUCACAGCAUAUUGGUGAUAAGAGUUGUCAAUUUUUUCCCCAAUCGCUUGUGUGGCCAAACAUAAGUGGAAUUCCUAAUAUCCCUGGGAUACAUCCAUAUUUUGGCCAACAAAAUAUGUUACAAGGAGGAACUUUUCCAUUUCAAACAAGUAUAACAAGUCAAAAGUUUGGUAUGCACCCUUUUCUUUCCCAUGAUAAUGUAUCUCAGGGUCAUCACUAUCAAAAGGUUGGUAUGAAUCAAAAGAAGAAAGUUGAUAACGAAUCUUAGGUUCAAGGAAGCUUUUGAAACAAAGAAAAACCAUGACAGACCUAACAAAGGAAUUCAGUUUAAUCACCAGAAUAUUGGAGGAUGCUGGGAUCUUAUUAUCAAAAUAGCAAGAGCUAGGAAAGCUAGACCAAAGAGGACCUCUUUUGCUUAUGAAGCUUCAAAUAAAGAAGGAUCAUGUUCUCAGGUUGUGCCAGCAGUGGAGCUUCUACAAUUACUGCAGCAACGCAAGAAGCUUUAGUAGUGUCUGCUAUUAAAGCAAAGAGUUUGGGAUUCUGCAGAAUUUUGAUCAUGUGUUGUAGUAAAGGUUUAGUUAGUGUUUGUAAUUUGCAGUGUAGUCCUAACUGGCAGCAAAUAACCUUGCUCUCUAACUUGGCAUUUCUGCAGCAACAGACCCUUUUUGUUCCUCGGGUCAUCUUAGGCUCAGUUUGUAACACAGCCAAGUUUGCUCUUAAGUUCCCUGGUCCUUGUUGCUGGGUGCACCCAGCAUUUGUAUAGUUUGUAUUCCUUCAAUUCUGGUAUUUAAAAAAAAAAAAAAAAAAAAAAAAAGAAUGUAUAUAUUGUAAUUGACAGACUAUGGAUUUUGAAGACUUUUGGACAGUUAACUGCAUUUGUACAAUUGAUAGGUACUGUAGUGUGACUCUGGAUAUUUGCAGAUAUUUGUAAAUGUAUGCAUAUGUGGAUAUUUGCUGAUAUUUGUAAAUAGGUAUUUGACAGUUGUAGGCUAUUGAUAUUUGUAGAUAUUUGUGAGUGAGUGUAAGGGUGUGCACAAGUGGUGCUUAUAUAUCUGCUGGGGUGUGAGUGUGUAGGUGUGACAAUUGUGUGUGUUAGGAUGUGCAGGGGAGUGUGCGUGUGUGUGCAAGGUGGUGCAGAUAUAGCUGCCAGGGGGUGUGUGUGCCUGCAUGUCGGUGCGGAUAUAGCUGCAAGGAUUGUAAAGCUCAUGUAGAUAAGAAUUUCAUUGUUUCUUCCCUAUUAUUUCUCUCUACCUUGUUCUUUGUUCCAAGUAUCAAUUCUUCUUCCCUUUCUUCCACUGAACUAGAAUCUUAUCAACAAUACACAAUACUACAACAUACUUGGAAUUAUACUUUGAGCAAAUCAACAUAACAACAAGCAAAUAUUACACAAAGAACAAACAAAAGGAAUGUUCCACAAAUUACAAAGAACAAGUUUUAAUUUUUUAUUUGACUUCCUUCUGUACCAGAGCAAUCUUAUAGUUGCUAUGCAUCCAUUUUCCUCCUUUAAGCUUGUUAAUGCCUAGUCCAUAUCAAAAGAGCAGCACCAAUCUGCCCAGAAGUUACAUUAGCUCAAUUGAAGUUAUUCCUUUACUUGGAUGGAAUUCAAAACACAAACAAGAUUUUUAAGUCCAUUGGAUGGAAUUUAAAACACACAAAAUUUGUAAGCUCAUUAAGAAAUGGGUUUUUGUU